GGCCCCCGCCCGGCGCCGCGAGCCGAGGUGUCUCCGCGCCCGCGCCCGUGUCGCCGCCGUGCCCGCGAGCGGGAGCCGGAGUCGCCGCCGCCGAGCGCAGCCGAGCGCACGCCGUUCCCGUCCGCCGCCGCCAUGGCCACCACGGUGACCUGCACUCGCUUCACCGACGAGUAUCAGCUCUACGAGGAUAUUGGCAAGGGGGCUUUCUCUGUGGUCCGACGCUGCGUCAAGCUCUGCACUGGCCAUGAGUACGCGGCCAAGAUCAUCAACACCAAGAAGCUGUCGGCCAGAGAUCACCAGAAGCUGGAGAGAGAGGCAAGGAUCUGCCGCCUUUUGAAGCAUUCCAACAUUGUGCGUCUCCACGACAGCAUCUCCGAGGAGGGCUUCCACUACCUGGUCUUCGAUCUGGUCACUGGUGGGGAGCUCUUUGAAGACAUUGUGGCGAGAGAGUACUACAGCGAGGCUGAUGCCAGUCACUGCAUUCAGCAGAUCCUGGAGGCUGUGCUGCACUGUCACCAAAUGGGGGUCGUCCACAGAGACCUCAAGCCCGAGAACCUGCUCCUGGCCAGCAAGUGCAAAGGGGCCGCCGUGAAGCUGGCCGACUUCGGCCUGGCCAUCGAAGUGCAGGGGGACCAGCAGGCGUGGUUUGGGUUUGCGGGCACGCCUGGCUACCUGUCCCCUGAGGUCCUUCGCAAGGAGGCAUACGGCAAGCCCGUGGACAUCUGGGCAUGUGGUGUCAUCUUGUACAUUCUGCUCGUGGGCUACCCGCCCUUCUGGGACGAGGACCAGCACAAGCUGUACCAGCAGAUCAAGGCCGGGGCCUACGACUUCCCAUCCCCCGAGUGGGACACCGUCACUCCCGAAGCCAAAAACCUCAUCAACCAGAUGCUGACCAUCAACCCUGCCAAGCGCAUCACGGCCCACGAGGCCCUGAAGCACCCGUGGGUCUGCCAACGCUCCACGGUGGCCUCCAUGAUGCACCGGCAGGAGACCGUGGAGUGCCUGAAGAAGUUCAACGCCCGCAGGAAGCUCAAGGGAGCCAUCCUCACCACCAUGCUGGCCACGCGGAAUUUCUCAGUGGGCAGACAGACCACCGCUCCGGCCACAAUGUCCACCGCGGCCUCCGGCACCACCAUGGGGCUGGUGGAACAAGCCAAGAGUCUACUCAACAAGAAGGCAGAUGGGGUCAAGCCCCAGACGAACAGCACCAAAAACAGCGCGGCCAUCACCAGCCCCAAAGGGACACUCCCUCCCGCCGCCCUGGAGCCUCAAACCACCGUUAUCCAUAACCCAGUGGACGGGAUUAAGGAGUCUUCCGACAGCACGAACACCACCAUAGAGGAUGAGGACGCCAAAGCCCCCAGGAUCUCUGACAUCCUGAACUCGGUGAGGAGGGGCUCGGGGACCCCCGAAGCCGAGGGCCCCCUGUCAGCGGGGCCCCCUCCCUGCCCGUCUCCGGUGCUCCUAGGCCCCCUGCCCGCCCCGUCCCCCAGGAUCUCUGACAUCCUGAACUCGGUGAGGAGGGGCUCGGGGACCCCCGAAGCUGAGGGCCCCCCACCUGUGGGGCCCUUGCCCUGCCCGUCUCCGACUCUCCCCGGCCCCCUGCCCGCCCCGUCCCGGAAGCAGGAGAUCAUCAAGACCACAGAGCAGCUCAUCGAAGCCGUCAACAACGGGGACUUCGAGGCCUACGUGAAGAUCUGCGACCCAGGCUUGACCUCGUUCGAGCCCGAAGCGCUGGGCAACCUGGUGGAAGGGAUGGACUUCCACAGGUUCUACUUCGAGAACCUGCUGGCCAAGAACAGCAAGCCCAUCCACACCACCAUCCUGAACCCGCACGUGCACGUGAUCGGCGAGGACGCGGCCUGCAUCGCCUACAUCCGCCUCACGCAGUACAUCGACGGGCAGGGCCGGCCGCGCACCAGCCAGUCGGAGGAGACGCGCGUGUGGCACCGCCGCGACGGCAAGUGGCAGAACGUGCAUUUCCACUGCUCGGGCGCGCCCGUGGCCCCGCUGCAGUGAGAGCCACGCCUGGUGUCGCCGGACAGUUGGUGUGGGAGCCCGGCCGCCCUCGGCACGGCCUGCCUGUCGCAUGUUUGUGUCUGCCUCGUCCCCUCCCCUGGUGCCUGUGUCUGCAGAAAAACAAGACCAGAUGUGAUUCGUUCUCAAAAGUGAGAUGACGACCGUGACAACCACAAAAAAAAAAAAAAAAUUAAAAAAAAAAAACGACAUCGGAUGAAAAAUGGAAACAAAAACUCAAGAAAGGAAAACGCUGUAAAAACCACUGGUGUUUGCGGGCCACGCCUGCCCAGCUCCAUGAGUGUCUGUGGCGCCCCCUUGGCCCUGGGGGUCCGCGGUCGGGAUGUGGCCCGUGGGCCCCCGCGUGGACGGUGUGAGCUUGUGCGUGCGCUCCCGCGCUGCUCCCGGCAAGCAUGGCCCCGUGGGCGGGCCUCGGAGGGCUGUGUCCGCGGGCUGCUGCCUUCCCGCUAGUGGUGCCUGAAGCCGCUGUCUGCUUUCUCUCUGCUCCCCCCAUCCCGUGAAGGGCUGGGUGAAGGCUUGCUGGGCCCGGAGCCCCCUGUCCGUGGACGGCCCUCGCUUCUGGACCAGCCUCCAGGCCAUCAGAGAGGCCUGGCCUGGGCUCCAGCCCGGGGUCUCCCGGGGAGGGAGGUGCAGGACUUCCCUCGGCUCCAGGCCUUGCUCUCGGCAGGCUGACCGAGGACCCGCUGGCUGCAGCUGGCCUCUGUCCCAUGGGGUGCCUGUCCCUUUCCUGCCACCCCGCAGCCCUCCUCCGAGUGUCAGCAGAUGGCAAAGGGCUGUGGGUCUCAAGUCCCCGACACAUGCUGGGAGGUCUGGGCUGUCCCCCUGCAGAGGGUGGCUGGACGGCUCACAGCUUGGGUAGGUGACGCAGCGAGUGGCAGUGGUCAGAGCAGGGCUGGGGGCUCCCGGGCCGGGCCAGGCGAGGGUCUGGGCAGGUGUCUGCUGCAGUGGGGCACUCGCGUUGGGGCAGAGAACAGUGACGUCCACAGGGGGCGCCAGCAAGGGCGAGGACUGGCAGGUGCAGAUGUGUGAGGGCCCUUCCAGGUGGCUGUGAUGAGGCCACGGAGUGGGGACAGAGACCCUGGGUGCUAGCCCAGAACAUCUACAGGUGAAGGGGAGGGUCUGCGGGGCCCAUAGUGCUGCUUCGGGGGGCCGUCCUUGUACCUCCCGGCCCCUCCAGAGUGGGGCCAGAGAGGGCCCGAGGGGACGCAGGUGGUCAGGAGCCCUGACUGCGGAGGAUCAGUGGCCUCUGUCCCAAUGCCUGGCCACCUGAAACUUCUGUUUUCAACAAGUAUUUUCUUUAUCUUUCCCACAAGUCAAGCCAAGGGAGGGCCUCGGAGUGGGGAAUGGGACACAGGACCCUCAGUUCCAAGGGGAGUGUCCACCCAGACACAGUGGACGGCACCUCCUGUCCACGCUGUGCCCGGACAGCCGCCCCAUCCAAGGACACAGGGUAACAUCUGCCAGGCUCACUCCAGUGGCUUCCUGGCCACGGACAGCGUGUGGCCCCGCGGCUGGCCACCCUGGCAUCCUGGGGCCUCCUCCCCUCCUCUCCCACCCACCUGUUUCUCCACGGAGCUGCCUGUCUGGGAUAAUUUGGAGAUUUUUUUCUGGGGGAUAAUUCUUUUGCAUGACCCUUAAAGAGCAACCCACACGCACUCUGCUAGCGAGGUGUCCGCGGUGUGGUGGCGUCGGCCGCCCACAGUGCUGGCCGUCUCCCUCUUUUUGCUGGGUUUCAUUGUCUUUUCUUUCUGAGCCUUGUAAGUGUACAAAGAUUAUUCUUAUUUUGUUCUGUCUCGGGAAACUGCAAAUAAAAGAAAAACAGGACAAGCUG